UAUGUCUGGCCCAAGGAGGCUUCCGUACAAGGCAUGCGACAACAGAAGGUCAAAGAUGGCAGCCUCCGUUCAGGGCCUCCAUAAAUGUCUAUUUUCCUCCAAGUUGUUAAGAAACACACAGCUCCGAAAUGAACGGUUCUUGUCCACGUCCGGGUGUCGCCCAUCUCCGGGAAACGACGACGGGCGGCCACCGAAAUUCACUCCUCCGCCCAAGCCUGUCAUCAUUGACAAGACGCAGAGUGUGGCAGCUCUGCGGAAGUUCCUGAGCCCAGAGUUCAUCCCACCCCGUCAGAGGACAAACCCGGUGAAGUUUUACAUGGAGAGGAAAGACAUGAUCCGCAGGAGGGGCGUGAUCAACCUUCCGGAAUUCUACGUGGGAAGCAUACUUGCUGUGACCAUGGCUGACCCAAAUGCCAGUGGCAAAUCAAACCGCUUUGUUGGCAUAUGCAUCCAGAGGGGUGGGAAGGGUCUCGGAGCAACUUUUGUCCUGAGGAACAUCAUCAAUAACCAAGGCGUGGAGAUCUGCUACGAGCUGUACAACCCGCGCAUCCAGGAGAUCCAGGUGCUGAAGCUGGAGAAGCGGCUGGAUGACAACCUGAUGUACCUGAGGGACGCCCUGCCGGAGUACAGCACCGUGGAUCCCGAAAUGAAGCCUUUGCCCAUCUCCCCCACUGGAGAGGUGCCAGUUAACACGCUCAAAGUGAAGAUGCGUCCGAGGCCGUGGUCCAAACACUGGGAGCGCCCCAAGUUCGACAUCCGGGGCAUCCGCUUCGACCUGUGCGUGUCGCCGGCCGGGUUGGAGUACGUUCAGAAGUGGGCGAGGCCUUGGCAGGAGUACGACAUGUUGCGGGAGUACGACACCUCUGAGAUAGAAGAGCAGAUCUCCAGCGAGAUCCAGCAGGAGACGAGCAAGUUGAAAACCUCCUGAGAUCUCAAGUUGUCCCAAAGACCCAACAGACUGGACUGAGAUUAUUUUUUUUUGCUUUAAGUCUGUUUAUGUGGAGUUGCUUAAACAAGUAUCUUUACACACAUGCAGAUAUUGUAUAAUAAAUGCCACUCAACAUUA